AUGGCACUGUUAAAGGCAAAUGAAAAUGAAAAAAUGAUGUGUUUAUUGGAACCUGGAAUGUACAAUCACUAUAUAGGGGAUGCAGGCAUUGAGGUAGCAGAAGUUCUAGGGAAAGAAGGAAAACAACUGAGGAAUUCCUGGUUUGAUGAAGAAUGCAAGAGAAUAAGUCAGGAGAAAAAUAUGGCAUACAGGAAAAUGCUUGAGAAUGCGUAUACUCGUCUAGCGCAUUUAAGCCGCAACAACCUGUGUAAAAGGAAAAAUGGGACACUGCUAACCUAUGAUGAAGAGGCAUUGGAGCGUUGGGUAGAGUAUUUCAGUGAACUGUUGGAAUCUUCAGAGUCCCCUAUUGAAGAUAUCCCAGUCGCUGCAGAAGAUGCUGCCAUAGUACCUCCCCCUUCCCAAGGAGAAGUGAACAAUAAAGCAAUUGCCAAAUUGAAGAACAGUAAAUCACCAGGAACUGACACUAUAAGAUCUGAACUAUUGAAAGCUGGAGGAGUUGAGCUAACCUGCAGGAUUUACAAGAUUGUGUGCUUCAUGUGGAGAAAGGAAGAGUUGCCAGAAGAAUGGAAUGUAGGGAUAGUGUAUCUGGAGCAUAAGGAAGGAGAUCUAUUUGAAUGCAGCAACGACAAAGCAGAAGAUAUUAUUGGAAGCUAUCAAUGCAGGUUCAGACCAGAAAAGUCAACUGUAAACCAGGUAUUUACUCUCCGCCAAACAGUAGAAAAGACCAAUGAAUUCAAUGUUGGUGUGCACCAUCCUUUCAUUGACUUUAAAUCUGUAUAUGACACAAUAAACUGGGCCAAACCUUUUGAGGCAAUGCGGGAAUUUCGAGUGCUUGGAAAACUGGUGCGUUUAAUAGAGGUCACCCUAAAGUGCCCCCAGUGUACCGUGCGAGUGCUGUCAAGGCUAUCACCUCAGUUUCCCACUCGAACUGGGCUAAGAGGUACUAUCUACUAUAAGUCUGUUCAAUUCCUGGGAUAUGCAGAUGAUUUGGAUUUAAUGAGCAGAACACUUAGAGAUCUACAAAGUGCAUUUUCAGCUCUAAAACUGAGUGCAGAGAAGAUGAGCCUGAGGAUUAAUGAAGGAAAGACGAAGAAUAUGUAUAAUGGCACUAACCAACCCUUACAGCCCACGAUACCCCUUGAUAGAAUGACAUUUGAGCGAGUGGAAUGUUUCACCUGUCUGAGUUCAAAGAUAGAAGCAAACGGCACCACCGUUACUGAAAUUAUGUCUCGCGUAAGUGCUUCUAAUCGAUGCUACUUUGGAAAGUUGCAUUUUAAAUACAAGCUUCUAUCAUGA